CUGAUAAGCGGUUCAUUGUGACGUUUACUCACAAUGAACAUGUGAGGAUGGUAGAAUGAAGCUGGGGUUCUUUAAACGGAUCGGAUAUGGAAUUCUGAUACUUUGUGGUCUAACGAUAAUAUUCCAUGUGACUGUGCUUAAUAAGCGCCGAUCAAGUGAUGUACUUUCUUUUCGAGCAAAAGACUUGUCACAGAAAGAAUAUAAAUGGCCAAAUGAUGGAAAGGUGAAACAGGGUGUACAACAAUGGACGUCAUUCAGAGACAAAGGAACACUCGAAAAAGAAAGUGCUGUAGUCCAAACAGAUAAUCAUACGCUCCAUUUUUCUACCAACACAAAGGACGUGUUGCCAGGAAGUGAUGUUAAGGACUAUGUACCAAGACAAGUGUCAUAUCAAGACUUCUUAAACCAGCCAUCAGUAGAUCUCACGAAGCUGCGGGCAAACUGGAGAGCUGAUGCCCGCAUUAUACAGAACGCCAGUAACAAACAAAGGUUCUUGACGAUUGGGAUACCGACAGUAAAACGUGAGAAAGACGAAUACAUUCUGAACACGGUGCAAUCCAUAGUGAACUGCACGAAAGAACACGAACUUUCGGAAAUUUACAUUGUAGUCUUCCUCGCAGAUUUUGACGCAAAAUGGAAGGAAGAUAUAAGCAAUCGAUUGCGAAAAAACUUUCAAAACAUUAUCUCCAAGGGCACCCUGCACGUGAUCCAAGCAUGGGAGUCCUUUUAUCCGCCAUUGGAUAAUUUAAAACACACGUUUGUAGAUCCGGAGACCAAGAAAAAAUGGCGGGCUAAGCAGAAUGUAGAUUACGCAUUCUUGUUUCUGUAUAGUCAAGUUCUCGCAACGUAUUACAUUCAGUUAGAAGAUGAUAUUUACACGAUACCAGGUUAUUUAACCAUCAUUAAAGAAUACAUAAACAAGGUCAAGGACCGCUGGGUGUGUUUAGAAUUCUCAGAACUAGGCUUUAUAGGAAAGUUAUACCACUCCUGGGAUAUUGAAAAACUUGCCAAAAUGGUGCUUCUGUUUUACGCACAACAGCCUUGUGACGUAACAUAUUUGAAUUUCAAUGUACAAAUGUUGCAAUUUAAGCGACGGAUUCGUCGACCAACCAUAUUUGAACAUGUAGGCUAUCACUCGUCACUUCCGGGUAAAAUACAACCUCUCAAAGAUCGCUUCUUUUUGGCCCACCCCAAAACCUUAAAGGGCGAUAACCCUACCGCCAGGAUCUACACCAAUAUGCCGUUCGAGGGAUAUUUUAACCCCGACAAAGCGUACAGCAAGGAAGACGGUGUAUUCUGGAGUAAAAGGAUUGGGAAAGCAAACGAUUGGGUCUCGGUAGUGUUCGAAGAGCCGCAACUUCUGGACAAAAUAAUCAUACAGACAGGAACAGAAUCUCACCCGGGUGAUAAAAUUCAUUACGCCAAACUUGAGGCCAGUCUCGCUUCUGUUCCAAACGGGCCCGGAAGGCCGGAGUGUAAGGAUAAUAAACUUCUGGGUUAUUUUGAAGAUGGCGAUAUUAAAAUUGAGAAUGUUCGAUCUAUCACCAAACAGCAGAAAAUUCACUGUUUGAAUAUCAUCAUUACGAACAAACAAGAAACCUGGGUGAUAGUCAAAGAAAUUGCCGUAUUUACUGUACCAAAGGAAAAGAAACAGAAGUCUUGAUAGUCCCAAAGAUUUUUUUCUGACAAAAAGCACUCAGUUCUAUAUAACGGGAGCCAUAACUUAAGGAAGUGCAAUAUUUCUCAAAGAAUCCAUGUAAAAAGUAUCGAGAGUCGAGAAAGUUGAGAACAGUACUAGUGCAAUAUUUAAUACUGAUAUACGUAUCAGUUUGUAUGUGUGGUCAUAAAAAUAAUUGAGAUAUGGAGAGUCGUGAGUAAACGAAGGUAUGGUUUGUGAAAAAGAUGUUCUUUAAAAAAAUGCUUUUGGAGAGCUACAAGCAGUCGAUCCACUGAAAUGUGAAUCAUCAAAGAAUAUUUUCAACAACAAAUGUGAAAUGGCUACUUUUAAAACAUUUAGUAAACAUGCUCUAGGUGACACAUUCUCAACAGAAAUUGAACUGUAUUAAAUCAGUCGGACAUCUUAUCCUUUUUAUAAACAUGUCUUAAAAUGAGACAAUUCUUCAAGAGAGGAAUUUGGGUCACAUUAGUUAGAGUUUAGUGCUAAAGUGCCCCCCUCGGCUCCCUCCUUUUUCAACAAGACCCUUUUAUAAUUGAAAAUUUCCACUGAAAUUUUAUGAUCGAUUCCCCUCCCCACUUUUUGAUCGUAAUUUGGUAGGCCCUAAUGGAUUAAAAAAACUGCUUGUGAACAGAAGUUUGAACCUUAACCCGCACCCCACCCCUUUAAACAAUGAUUGUCAAUUUUUGGACAAUUGUAGACAAAACAGUGCCAUUUCCUCUAUUGGCCGGUAACCGUGCAACAGGUGAGCGUUGUUUGAUUCACGGGCUUCUUGUUUUUUCUUUUGAAGCAGCCAUACCUUUCUUUACGCACCAUUUACGUCAUUUCCUGUAUAAUUCGAAGAUCAAAACCAGCGCUUGAUGUGUGUCAGCGUUAUUAAUAGAGCUUCCUUUUUGUGUGUAGAAUAGCAGAAAUUUGAGCAAUUGUAUUCAAUGAGAGAGAGACAGAAGGAGAGAGAGAGAUGCUUUCCACCGGUGUUUUUAAUUAAAUAAUUAUGCUUUAUUUUGCAUUAUUUUAGAUCUCUACAAGUGUUUAUUCCGUUGUUUUUGUUUUUUU